AUGCCCAUCCUUACCAGCUAUGCAACCCAACCGGAAUUGACCACGUUGAACUUGAGUGGUACUAGUACAGCAGCAAGUGCCUCCACACCGUCUCCAACCAAUAGCCCGGUGGAGCGGAGAGAUGUGAACGGUUACGUGACGCAAGAGGAAGAACGCAUCGGCGGUCGAUUUACUACAACCUUACGAUGA